AUGGACGCUGCCAUCCAGGCCCUCGAGCCAAAGAUCCGCCAGAUCCUCACCGCCCCGGGCACGGACCUUACCACCAUCUCCGCCAAACGCGUCCGGAACCGGCUGGUCGAGCUCGACCCUUCGCUGUCCGUCGAGUUCGUCAAGGGACAGAAGGAGAAGAUCGACCAGGUCAUUGAGGGCGUCUACAAGGCCAUCUCCGCCGCCCAGAACGGGGGCGGGGGUGAUGCGGAGGAUGAGGAGGAUGAGGAGGAGAGCAGCGGCCCCGCGAAGCGCAAGCGCGGCGGCGACGCGUCGGACGACGAGUGCGGUGCGCGUGUGGCCGCACCCGCGUCGAAGAAGCCGAAGAAGCAGAAGAGCAAGCAGGAGAUCCAGGACGCUGAGCUCGCGCGUCAGCUCCAGAGCGAGUUCAACCGCGGCUCGCGUAGCUCCCGUGCUACCUCCUCGGGUAAGGGCACGCCCAACGGCGCGAAGGCCAAGAAGGCUCGUAAAUCCAAGAAGAGUGCCGCCACCGUCGAUUCGGAGAACGAGGACGAUGACAGCACGACGGAGAAACCCAAGAAAAAGCGUGGUGGAGGAGGGUUCAGUAAGCAGUAUGUGCUCAGUCCACCUCUGGCCGCCUUGUUGGGCGAGGAAAAGGCGGCGCGUACUCAAGUCGUAAAACUGCUCUGGGACUACAUAAAAGCGAACGAAAUGCAGAACCCCAGCAACCGACGCGAAAUCGUGUGUGACGACGCAUUUAAGGCGGUUUUCAAGUGUGAUCGGAUCGAUAUGUUCAAGAUGAACAAGGACCUCGGCCAGCAUCUGUAUGAGGCUCCUACCGAAGUAGCGCCAUAA